GCUUGUACGUUUCGAUCAGUGACUAGUGCUAGUGGUAGUGAAAGUGUUGACGAAAAACGCAAAUCUCUUCCGACCAAAUUCGUAGACAAUAUGGCAGCUCGCUCAGCUUACUUUGUGUCCAUUUUAGUACUAGCAACGAUCGGUUGGCAAUGCGUAGAAGCGCAAAGUAAUCCUUGGCGGCGACAAAACGACAGCUUUGCCACCGAAACGGCCAGCGACCGUAGCCAACGGUUAGGCCUAACAACUGGCUACGGUGGCGUCAAUGGGUACGGUUAUUCCAGCACCGGACUUGGUUCCUACACACCGCUCAAAAUCGAUCUCGGUGGUGUCGUUCUCGGCACGCUCGUCGGUAUCGGUGCGCUGCUACUGCUGCCCAAGCUCGUCAACGUGAUCGGCGGUGGGUACGGAAGUUCCGGCCAUUACCGUAGCGCGGACAGUGACCCAACCGGCAUCAGCGAUCUAAUGAACAAGGUCGACGAUUACCUCGCACAGAACAACAUUGAUUCGGGCGCAUGUAUGCAGAAAGCAGUUUGCAGUUAUCUUCGCUCGUCGGAUUACCACGCGCAGGUCGGAACGGCUGAUCAGGUGGAGCAUAUGAUUCUGGCACUUUCCGAAAACUCGAUCAUUGACUACAUGCUGGAUGGGACGGCGAUCAAGGAAGCGAUCAAGAAUGGCAAAAUGCAAACCGCUCGAUCAUGCGAUGAAAUCUACUCGACCUGUCCGCUCGAUCGUCAGUCUACGCUGAAGCUGUUCAAGAAGAUGUUCCCGAUCGGGAACUAAGCAACGACAGCGCAGGAGAAA